CACAAGACAGCUGUUUACAAAACAGCGAAAAAUAUUCACGGCUCAUAAAAUCCAAUUUAAAUAAGGUUUAAGCAAAGCAGUUAAGAAAAGUAAAUAUAUUUUGGGAUGUUCUGCUGCCUACGCACCUGUCUAAAUGGCGGACACAUGAGGAAACCAACGGCAGCGGCCAGUCGCCUCCGGGAGCCCGAUGUUCAUUUGGAUGCAGCGCAUAUGGGACCCGAUGUAAUCCUGCUGUCGCAUCAGCUGCGCGUAACGGGCACUGGAGGCGUACUGGCCACAGCUCCUCUGGUGCAGUCGAAAUCCUACUUUGAGGUGAAGAUCCAGCAGGGAGGCAGUUGGUCCGUGGGCUUGGCUACCCGGCAAACGGAUCUCAGUCGCAAAAGUGGGGGUGGAGACCGCGAGUCCUGGUGCCUGUGCUCCGACAAUGCCACGCGCCACAACGACAAGGAGGAGUUCCGACCGGUGGUGCAGGUUACUUGCACCACCCAACCCUCGAGGACGGCCAAUGGAAUCCUGAACAAUAGUGCUGCCAAGGCGGCCGGACUCAUUGCCAUCGAGGAUCUGCAGCAGGAAGAUCUGCUGAUGACCACCGGGGUGGCACCAUCCGAUGUUGGUAUCGGUGAUUCAUUGAUAACUUCACCGCAGCGUGAUUUUCCCGAUGAGGGCGACAUUGUGGGUGUGGCCUUCGAUCAUGUGGAACUGAACUUCUAUUUCAAUGGAAAGAAUCUGGAGGUUCCCUUCCGAAACGUUCGAGGAGCAGCAUUGUUUCCCGUUAUUUACGUUGGCAAUGGUGCCAUUCUGGACAUUAUUCUAGACAACUUUUCUCAUGGUCCACCACCCGGAUUCGAGCGUAUUCUGCUGGAGCAGUCGCUUCUUUAGAUAGUCCAUACAAAAGCCUUGAACAAAUUAGCAGCUUCAGAACAAAACAUUGAAUAGAUAACAAAAACACAGUGCGUUUUAGGACUAUAAGCCAGAUUUUUAUUUCAGGAAGACUAAUCAAGUCGACCAAAGAAGACAAUGUUUCGAAACAUAUUUUAUGUAUGCGUUUUUAUGUAGAGUUGUUUUUGUUAUGUAACAAUCUUUCAUUUUCCAGGUUUGGGAUUUUUUUUUAAGUAAGUAUAAAAGUAAUUGCAUCCGAUUUGAUUUUGAUUAACUCAUUAACUCAUAAAAUUAAAUUAUCUCAUUUGAAAAAUAGGCUACUUGCCAUACUUUUUCUUUCUAGUCAAAAAAAAAAGAAAAAAAUCUUUAAACCAAAGUUUUUUAAAGACACAUAGUUGGUGUUAAAAAAAGGUUUUAAAUGCAUUUCACGUUUUCAAAAGUCCAAAAACUAUUUGAUAAUUUCCAUGAUAAUUUACUGUCUUAUAGUUGUGAAAUGCACUGCUUAACUCAUAUAAACAUCAAGUGUAUAAAAUCUAGUCCUUGCACUACCCAAUCCGAAAAGUAUUGUUUUAUUUUAUUAAUAUUUUGUAAAUUAUUCAUGUAUCUUAACCUCGCGACUGCUUUUGUAUUAUACACAGACGUAUGCAUCUGCUUACAGAUGCAGGUGAAUUUUUUUGUAGAUCGCAACAAAUCAAUUCUGACUUCUAACACAUUCCAAUUUACAACGGCAACGUACUCGAGCACGGAAUUACCUAAAUAACUAUAAGAGUAUAUCUGUAUAUCUAAAUAAAUUGUAUCUACAUGUA